UAGCAACUGCUGGUAUAUCUUUAGUCUUCUUUUUAGUAAUUAUAUUUGCAAAAGAAGAAAGAAGGCAACCAUAUAAUUUAGUUUUUAUUUUAUCAUUACUUCUAUGUAAUUCCUUGUUCUUAGAUUGCAAUUGAAAUAGUGAUUAACAAUUGUCAAUUCUGUCAAAAAGUGUAGAUUCGAAUUUAAAAGAGCGGGUUCAGAAGUACUUGAAUCCAGAGCCGUAUAAUAUACAUACAAAAAAUACAUCGGUGUCAUCGGUUGCCUAGCAACGCUUAGUUUUGUUGUUUGUUGAUCAAUAUUUUAAAUGUUACUAAUAAAAUAUCAAUCAAAAUAUUGUUUUGUCGUUUAUUAAAAAUAUUUAUGUGGAAUGGAGAUAGUAAUAUGAUAAUAAAAAUUUUACAAAAGAAAUUUCUUACAAAUAAGAUAUAAGAGUAGGUAAAUAUAUUAAGACUGUAAAAUGGGUUUAUAUAAGCUAUACAGCUGUAAUGUAGAAAUACAAUAUAAAAGUUGGUUUCUUUCAAAAGCUAUGUUGUUUACAAUGAUUACGAUGGUAUUAAAUGUAAUAUUACCAUUCUUUGUGGCCUAUAGAAGUAGAGGGUUUUGGCUGAAGUCACAAAGUUAUUAUGAACAACCUGUAGUACAUUUUACAUAUGACUAUUUAUUAGUAGCAGAAACUGUGGAUCCCAGUCAACCUAUAAUAUGUGGAGAGACUUCAAUAUUAGACGAAGAGAUUACCAAUGAAGAGAACUGUAUAGACAUGCAAGUACAAGAAUAUGAUUAUAAUGGAGAUGGAAAAAAUGAUAUGCUUAAUAUUAUAUUCAAUCUCAAUAUACCAAUGGAUAAAACAAUAGCAUCGACAACUAUAAUUUUAGCAUUAGACUUCCAGUUAAAGACAAUAUGCCCCUUACAAAUGCAGACUUUAGCAAUUAUAAACGAGAAUUUUGCAGUACCUCCUUCUGGGCUCAAGUAUUAUGGUGAUAUUGAAUUAUACCAAGUUUCUCACUUACCUUGCUUACGAAAUAUUGUGGACACAAAGUAUAAUAUUUCACUGUUGAAUCACUCUUUAGACAGUAAUGAGAAUAUUGUUGAUUUGAUACUAGAAAAAUACAUAAAUAGAGAAGUCAUUACCCAAACCAAAACACUGCAUUCUAGAAGUCAGAAUGGCCACACAGGCAAUAUGGAAGUGAGGAUGUAUCUCAGGAUACCAGAAAUGAAAAUCCAUUAUAUACCAAGCCUACUGCAAGAAUUAAAAUGGGCAUGGCCUCAAUAUCUGUCAUUAGUGGUUAUAUUUUACUGGAUAUUCAACAAGAUAAAAAAAUUUGUAUUUAACAACCGUUUACUGAUGGCUUGGGAAAUAGUUCCUUGGAAAAAAAGUUAAAUUAAAAUUAUUUUUUAUAAGAAUAUACAUGAUGGUCCAUAAGUUUAUAUGCCAGUUCAUUUUUCUAUAUAUAAAUACAUACAAAUUGUAUUUAAAAGUAAAUAAUUAUAAAACUGUA